AUUCUCGGAGCGCACAGCUUAUCAAAGACUGGUCCACUGCGAACGCACAAAUAUUCAUUUUUGGGCACUCUAGAAAUAAAGAAAUCAUCGAAAUGGGUGAACGCCUAGCCUACAUCCACGAUCAUUCUAUUUCCAUUGUUUUCUUGCUUUGAGUAGAAGGGUUUUGUUUUUCUCCGCUGCAGCUUUUGCAUUGGAUGGCAUGCUUUAUCAAGAAAAGCGUAGUACUUCUCUUCAAUAUAAAAUAGACAUAGCCCUCUGCAGGUGAGCAUUAGGGAGCUCACUAUAGAAUUUCGCGUUUCAUUUCUUCAUUAAGUGAUUAGCAUUACUUAAAACUUGAGUUUACAUUUUUUGCAUUGGUAAUCGGACACAAAGAGCCGAGGACGGAGAACAACGCUGCUGGAGUCGAGAAUCAUCACAGAGGACCUCUUGCGCAAGCCCCCACGAAAAAUGUCAUCUCAAACCAGAGUCAAGAAGGACAAGGAGAUCAUAGGAGAAUAUGAAACGCAAGUCAAAGAGAUCCGUAACCAGCUGGUGGAGCAGUUCAAAUGCCUGGAGCAGCAGUCCGAGUCUCGUAUCCAGCUGCUACAGGACCUGCAGGACUUCUUCCGCCGCAAGGCUGAGAUCCAGCUGGAGUACUCCCGCAGCCUGGAGAAACUGGCCGAGCGCUUCUCCAACAAGAUCCGCAGCUCCAGAGAGCACCACCAGUUCAAGAAAGACCAGCACCUGCUGUCCAGUGUGAACUGCUGGUACCUGGUACUGAACCAGACCAGGAGGGAAAGCAGGGACCACGCCACCCUCAACGACAUCUACACCAACAAUGUCAUCGUCCGCCUCGCCCAAAUCAGCGAGGAUGUCAUCCGCCUCUUCAAGAAGAGCAAGGACAUUGGGAUUCAGAUGCACGAGGAGCUGGUAAAAGUGACCAACGAACUCUACACUGUGAUGAAGACCUACCACAUGUACCACACGGAGAGUAUCAGCGCUGAGAGCAAGCUGAAGGAUGCUGAGAAGCAGGAGGAGAAGCAGUUCAGUAAGUCUGGAGACCUCAAUGUCAACCUGCUGCGCCACGAGGACCGGCCCCAGAGACGCAGCUCCGUCAGGAAGAUCGAGAAGAUGAAGGAGAAGAGACAAGCCAAGUACUCAGAGAACAAGUUGAAGUGCACUAAAGCCCGCAAUGACUAUUUGUUGAACCUGGCAGCAACGAAUGCCGUUGUGGCGAAAUACUACAUUCACGAUGUCUCUGAUAUGAUUGAUUGCUGUGACCUGGGCUACCAUGCCAGCCUUGCGCGUACCUUCAGGACCUACCUGUCAGCUGAGUACAACCUGGAGACAAGUCGCCACGAGGGCCUGGACAUUAUGGAGAACGCCGUGGACAACCUGGACUCCCGCAGCGACAAGCACAAGAUCAUGGACAUGCACAACCAGGUGUUCUGCCCUCCCAUGUGCUUCGAGUACCUGCCCCACAUGGGGGACGAGGUGUGCCAGGUGAGUGCCCAGCAGCCUGUGCAGACUGAGCUCCUGAUGCGCUACCACCAGCUGCAGUCCCGUCUGGCCACGCUCAAGAUCGAGAACGAAGAGGUGAGGAAGACUCUGGACGCCACCAUGCAGAUGCUCCAGGACAUGCUGACUGUGGAGGACUUUGAUGUGUCUGAUGCCUUCCAGCACAGCCGCUCCACUGAGUCCAUCAAAUCGGUGGCCUCCGAGACCUACAUGAGCAAACUGAACGUGGCCAAGAGACGAGCCAACCAGCAGGAGACAGAGGUCUUCUACUUCACUAAGUUCAAGGAGUUCCUGAACGGCAGCAAUCUCAUCAUUAAACUGCAGGCCAAGCAUGACCUCCUGAAGCAGACAUUGGGAGAAGGAGAAAGGGCUGAAUGUGGGACUACGAGGCCCCCCACUCUCCCCCCUAAACCACAGAAAAUGCGGAAGCCUAGGCCGCGCUCAGUCUAUAACCAUAAGCUGUUUAACGGCAAUAUGGAGACAUUCAUCAAGGACUCCGGUCAACCUAUUCCACUUGUGGUGGAGAGCUGUAUUCGACACAUCAAUUUGUAUGGGCUCCAGCAGCAGGGCAUAUUCCGCGUGCCUGGAUCCCAGGUGGAGGUCAAUGAUAUUAAAAACUCAUUUGAGAGAGGCGAAGACCCAUUGAUUGAUGACCAGAAUGAACAUGACAUCAACUCAGUGGCUGGGGUCCUCAAGCUGUACUUCAGGGGCCUGGAGAACCCUCUAUUCCCCAAGGAACGCUUCCUGGACCUCAUGUCUACUAUCAAGCUGGAGUCUGGAGCUGAGAGAGCGCAUCACGUCCAGCAGAUUAUUGUGACUCUUCCUCGUGCCGUUAUCAUUGUCAUGAGAUACCUGUUCGCUUUCCUGAAUCAUCUGUCCCAGUACAGUGAUGAGAACAUGAUGGAUCCCUAUAACCUGGCCAUCUGCUUUGGCCCCACCCUGAUGCCCAUCCCCGACGGACAGGACCCUGUAGCCAUCCAGGCACACGUCAAUGAGGUCAUAAAGACCAUCAUCAUCCACAACGAGGUCAUCUUCCCCAGCCACCGCGAGCUGGAUGGGCCGGUCUAUGAGAAGUGCAUGACUGGAGGAGAGGAGUACUGUGACAGCCCCCACAGUGAGCCAGGCACCAUCGAUGAGGCUGACAAUGGGACUGAGCCACACACCAGUGAAGACGAGGUGGAGCAGAUUGAGGCCAUAGCUAAGUUUGACUAUGUGGGACGCACCCCCCGGGAGCUGUCCUUUAAGAAGGGGGCGUCGCUGCUGCUGUACCACCGCGCCUCUGAGGACUGGUGGGAGGGCCGGCACAAUGGCGUGGACGGACUGAUCCCACAUCAGUACAUAGUGGUGCAGGACCUGGAUGAUGCGUUCUCGGAUAAUCUCAGUCAGAAGGCGGACAGCGAGGCGAGCAGUGGACCACUACUGGAUGACAAGGCCUCAUUCAAAAACGACGUUCCAUCACCGUGUGAACACUCCCCCGACUCCAACUUUGGAGGAGUCAUGGGGAGGGUGCGGCUACCUUCUGACGGGGCCGCCACCCCUCGACGCCACAGUGGAGAGACCCACAGCCCUCCUCGGGGCACUGACACACCCCCGCGGGCCGCAGCCUGUCCCAGCAGCCCCCACAAGGUGGCAGUUAGCAGGAGCCGCAUGGAAAGCCCAGAGAAGAGGCGCCUGGGAACAUUUGGCAGCGCGGGCAGCAUCAACUAUGCUGACAGGAAAGCCUAUCCUGAGGGCCACCCCCUGAGGCCUGUAGCAGGGGCCACACGCCACAGUAGCCUGGGGGACCACAAGUCACUGGGGGCUGAGACACUGGCAGAGGACAUAAAGAAGACCAUGACCACGGCCCUACAUGAGCUGCGUGAACUGGAGCGCCAGAACACGGCCAAGCAGGCUCCAGACGUGGUGCUGGACACCCUGGACACCACCAUGAAGAACCCUGUGAACUCAGAGCCUGGCAGCCCCCUCCACACCAUCAUGAUCCGCGACCCAGACGCCGCCAUGCGCCGCAGCAGCAGUUCCACCUCUGAGAUGAUGAGCACCUUUAAGCCCACCCUGUCAGCCCGUCUGGCCGGAGCCCAGCUGCGCCCCCCGCCCAUGAGGCCCGUCCGCCCGCCCCCCACCGGGCACCGCUCCUCCAGCUCCAGUUCCUCUGGGGUGGGAAGCCCUGCUGUCACGCCCACCGAGAAGAUCUUCCCCAACAGCACUGCCACGGCUAGCUCUGCAGCCGGGGACAAGUCCGGCACCAUGUAGCUCUGAGGGAGAAUUAGGGUUGUCAUGUUGCAACUGUUUGACACAGAGGAAAGCCGAUAGAAAUGGGAUGAUGCGUUGUUGAUGUGUUGUUCUCUGAGAACAGUUUGGGAUGUUUCCUUCCUCAUUUUGGGUUUGACUUUAUUUCUUGAAUUCAGGAAGCUCCUGGAGUGAGCCUGAGUUGCCAUGGUGAUGGCAGGCAGAGAAGCUGUAGGGCUUUGCCUAUCAACACAACUCUCUGUGAAGCUUGAUUUAAAACCAGAUGUGAAAAUAAUGAAUAAAAUCACCUCUAAGUAAAACGUAUUUUUUUAUUUUUCGUUUUUUACCUCAAAAUUAGAAGUAUGUGGCCAGGUCCGGCUUUUUAGUGAUUCAUUGACUGCAAAAACGUGAAGAAGUACUUGUGGAAUUUUCGCAUUGGUUUUCAUCCUGCACUGGUUGUCCAGAUGAUGUCUCAUCCCUUGCUGGUGGAUUGGACACUCACCAAUAAGAUGUCUCAUCCCUUUCUCUCUGGAUUGGACACUGUCUACCAGCCUGUGUCUAAGAGACUGCAACCAAGAUGGUCACCGGCCUUUUGGCUGUAAAUAGAGACUUACUUGAAGUUGUUAUGCCUUUUUGUUUGUACUGUAGUAUAAGGGAUGUUCAACAAAGUAACACCAUAGCAACAUUGUACGUAUACGUAUGCGUAUAUGAGAUGCGGAAACUGAACCAAUAUACCAACUCAAUGUAAGAAACCUAACCUGUGGUAAACAUGUAGUUGAACUUGUAUAUAGUUUAUGUAUUUUUUAUUUUUUAUGGUAUAAAUGUUGUACAGGCCCAGACAGAACAAGCAAGGAGAUGUGAAUGGCAUUGUCAAAAAACAAACAAACAAAAGAGUCAACCUGCAAACAAAGACAACACAUCAAAGGUUUCUGCUUCCUUUGUGUUGUUUUCAUCAUUUUCUGCUUGAACACACGUACUCAACGCAGCACUGAUGGUUGUGUUAAGAAUAUGUGGUCAUGGGGAUGUCAACAUCAUACCACACAUUGUAUUUAUGAGUGAAAAUUCCAUUUGCACUCACAUGGAUCCUCACAUGGAUCCUUCUCUCUAUUAUUCAUAUUUAAGACAGUAAAAGGAGUGUAUUAUACCAUUAUUUUGCCACAGUAAGGUUUGAACCCACUUUUAUUUUGUAAUACUGUGAGAAUACUGUUGACCAUGGCCCCUUACCCCAUAGUCCCUCAUUGUUCCAACAGCUCUAGAAAACUACACGGUAACCUGUGUGAAGUCAGUCCACAACCAGACUGACUGAUUUUGGUUACCAGGCUGAUGUUGGGUGUUCUAGUGGCCAGUCCUGAGCACUGUUUGGACUGAGCCUGACGCUUCUCUUAAGUUGGAUGAGAGCUCACAGACUCGGUCCAAAUCUGUCAGCCUCCAUCCACUACAGUCCAACAGGCUUCCCCUGUGAGCCCUAUGUGGCAUGGAUGGUGGAGAUACCCAUACAAAAUAGGAACUCUGCCCAUCUGACCCAAAUACCCAUACAACUUUGUGCCCAUGAAAGCUCUUCGGACACACAUUUGAGCAGAUGUUCUUAUCCAGAGCAAUUAGGGUUAAGUGCCUUGCUCAAGGGCACAUCAACAGAUCUUUUCAACUAGUCGGCUCGGGAUUUGAUCCAGUGACCUUUCAGUUACCGGCCCGACUCUCUUAACCGCUAGGCUACCGGGCCGCCCAAAUCAGAUUUCAUACUCUACACUUUGCCAUCUUUAAAGCAACCUCUUGCCUGUUCGAGUCUGAUUUAUGUCAUGCCUUUUAACAUGCAAAAUAUGCUGGAAAGUACUGUUACAAUAUUCCUUUUAAUCUAAAAUGUGAUACCUUACCUAGACAACUCCAGUGAUGCUUGAGCAGUUAGCGGUAAAUGUGGUGAAAUAAUAACAGCAGCACAGUGGUCUUACCUUCCUUACCUCUUCUCCCCGUGGGUAUUAACAUCCUGACUGUCAUGUCCCGGUGUCUCAUUCCACUUCUUGUUUUCAGUCCUUCAGCAAGGAAAUGUGAGCACGUACUGGCCUAUACUGUAGCUGCCAUGUUGAAUGAUAUCCUGUGCUGGCCCAAGCCCGCUCCUGUCACUCUGCUCAGUCAUACAGUUGUGUGGUUGGACUGCCUUGUAUACGGCAUGCCCUGCUCUGCGUGUUUUACGCUGUACCAUUCGACUCAUACAAUAUGACACUUCAACAAUGGCUGUUUGCGGAGUCUUUCCUCUGUGAAACACACCAUUGACUUAUAGCGUAGUCGUGGGGGUGGGCUAUUAUAUCCUAUUUGUCUAACCUUUUUGGAAUAUGAGAAUACCUGUUGUCACUAACAUGUAGCAGUAUUGCGUGGGCAAUGGAAUUGAAUUGUCAGCUAAGGUAGAUUUUUAAAAAAAUCUGAUUUAGCAGCAUGAAUCUCAGGCUGUGAUUCCAUUAUCAAUCAUAUCAGCAUCAUUCAGUCAUUGUUGUAAUGUGUACAGAUCUUGAUUUCAUACACAGUUUACUAUGAGAUACAUACUUUCAUUUGAAAAACGUGUCAUCCCUGUCUGUAGUUUGGCAACCCUGCCUUCCUGUGUCCAUUACACUGUCCCCUGGUUAGAUUCUAGCCUACAUGCAGGGCACACAGGGACAUGGAAAGCAACCAAAGUUAUACACUUACACCAUCUGGUGGUCAUAUAUGGUAUUGCUUAAAGUACAAGUACCCUGGGGUUAAUUGGUAUGUGUGAACUCAGAUGGACAGACCUUUCCAACAGGAUAAUAAUGGGCAAAGAAUUAGAUGAUGAAAACAAAUGCAUUUCAAUUAAUUCUGUGUAUUUUAUUAAAAAUAAAUAAGUAAUACGGUUUUAAUAAGAAAAUCAAUAAGAACAUUAAAUUAAGAGGGUGCUCUCUGUCGAGAGGAGCUGUCACCAACAACUAAAUCAUGUUUUUUUCCUUCAGGAAUUACAUAACAUUUUUCUUAACCACAUUUAUCAUCAGUAAAACUGAAGCGUACAUUCAAGUAAAUUUUUUCUCAAACAUACAUAAGCUAUAUUUUCAAAGAUAAACAUUUAAAGUCUGCGGUUUGCUUUAUUUGCAAAGGUAAGAUUAACAUCUUUAUGUACAACCAGACUGUUCACAUUUAAAUGAUUUUUUAAAAUGUGUAUUUUGUUUAUUUAUACCUUUUGUCUUAAAUGAGUAUUUUUAAAGUGCCUUUUGUGCACAUCAUUCGUUUUUAAUGAACUUGUUCAAUUACUUUUUUAAACUAUAUGGUAUGUUGUCAGUCAUGUUUGGUAUAAACUUUUAUCAUAUUUUUCCCUUCAGUGUUACAUCACACACAUAAUUUCAUCUGAGGAAUAUGUGAAAACAAGAAUGAUGUAAAUAUGUACUGUACACUUUGCUAUAGAGGAAUUGCUACUCUUCAGAUAUCUACAAACAGAAUGACUGAAAUGUAGUAUUUACUUGUAGAAUGUAUUACCUAAUAUGCUCUAGGUGAUUCAUGGAAGGGUAAUAGAUUUAUGAAGAAGACUACUGUACACUCAACAAUCAUUUCAUAUUUUUUUCAGUUCCCUCUUAUACUGAUCAUCCUCCUUCAUAGCUCAAGCAUCAUUGCGUUGUUGUAGGCAACAGUGGAGUCUGUCAAUAUAUCCUAGCUCCUCUACUUGCACGGUUUAUAAGACACUUGGUGCACUCUCUUUCCUCUCUAAGCUCUAUGUGAUUUCUGGAAUGUAUGCUAAAAAUAGGUCAUGUCUUUUGUAUGUUGGAUAAGAUAACAAUGCUUACAAAGUGGCGUUCAGAGACCGGCUGAGUGGCUGAGUGCCUAUAUUGGUUAGUGUGAGUUGUUGUCAUACUGUUUACCCUUUUUUCUCGCUCUCUCUCUCUCUUUAACACGUGUCUAGUGAUGCUGUCUGUUCAUGAGUGUCUGAUUGGUUGAAUCCCUUGUGAUGUAAUGGAUGUUGAGAACCCUUAUGUCCAAAUAAAAACAAAUGUUUCCCUCUAA